AUGGAACAGAUCUACGCGCUCGGAGUAUCUUGCAUCGAGUUUGUGCAAUACUGGUUUGAAGACUGGUCGUGGUACUUUGAACUGGUGAAUCAUCUUUCCAACCCUCAUUAUAUGCUGGAAAUUCUAUUUCCAUUGAUAUCUAUCUUCGAUUCUGUGUUUGCGUCACAAUUACUGUUAGUUAUGGCUGUCGGUGGCUGGGUUAAUUCCAUCAGUAAGUGGAUUCUUCUAGAAGAUCGUCCAUUCUGGUGGGUGAGAGAGACAACAUUCUAUACCUCUCCCCCUCAGUUGUAUCAGACGGAUCAAACAUGUGAGACAGGUCCGGGAAGUCCUUCUGGUCAUUCGUGUGCCGCUGCCGAGGUCCUCAUAUUAAUCAUUAUGUGGGGACAGCACAUAUUCAAUGACAGGAAAUGGUCUCCGUGGUGGAAGCAUGCUGUAUAUCCGUUCUUCGGUAUAUCUAUAGUAUCAGUGAUGCUGGCUCGUCUGUAUGUUGCUACACAUUUCCCACACCAAUGUCUGUUGGGAGCUAUGAUCGGUGUAUUUCUCGCUCCAGCACUAUGUAUUUAUGUAUCUGAUCCAUACAUCUGGAAAUAUGGUUCAUCAAAACCUGUACAGAAUAUGGUUGUUAAACAUGUGAUUAUUUCACUAGUGAUGGGAUCCAUCGGUUUAGGGAUGUACUGGGUGAUGAAAGUUAUGGGCAUAGACCCACACUAUACAGUACAAUUAGCUUUCCGUUGGUGUAAUUCUCCAUCAUCUAUAAGUGUGUCAACCACACCUUUAUAUUUAUUAGUCAACACUACAGCGGCAAUGCUCAGUUGGUCUCUAUGUGUCACACCCGCUGUGGACAGAUACCGUCACAACACUAGCAACAGGUCGCUGUUGAUAUCGAUAUUUGCUACCGGUUUAUCGAUGUUUGCUUUCAAACAGCUGGAGUUGAACAUCACUAGAGCUAAUGCGUUCUUCUUCUACAUGUUGCAUUUUGUAUUAAAUACGGUCAAGCCGGCCAUUUUCUUAGUGUUUAUACCGUCUCUGUCAAUGUGGCCUUAUUCUAGAAAAGAGAAAAUUAAUUAG